AUGUCCGACCUCCCUCCCACCCCACCCCCCUCCCCCCAACUACAACCUCAACUUCCCCCCCAACUUCCCCCCCAACUCCCCCCACCAACCUACCACCCCCUCGCCAUCCUCGCCCUCCUCACAACCUGGAUCCUCAUCGCCGCCCCUCGCAUCGACACACUCCAGCAACAAAUCCAGCACCAAACCCAUCAACAAACCCUCCGUACCCAAAUCCAACAUCAACAAAUCUCCCACCUCUCUUCACAACUCCGAGAUCUCGAAUUCACAAGCGCAGAACAACAACGCGAGAUUAUCGCGCUGCGGGAAGAACAGGCGAGGAUUGGCAGAUGGGGGAGAGGAGUGCGAGAGAUUUUUGUUUUGGUGGUUUUGGGGAUGGGGGUGUGGAUGGGGGUGUGGAUGGGGUUGUGGGGGUUGUGGAGGAUGGUGUAG